CUGCAGAGGAGUGGCUGUCUAGUUAGAACAGGAAAGACAUCCGAGUUCCGUCAGGACACAGCACUGGUGGUCGCUCAGCUGCAGGUACAUAGUCCACUCUUCCAUGUUUCGUCCGUCGUUCCAGCGCUUGCUCUCCCUGUCCUCCGGUGGUGGAGGAUCUUACAUAAUGCAGAGUGUAAGGGGAAUACAGACUCCCAGAAAGCUUGAAGGCAAAGUGGCCUUGGUGACUGCCUCAUCAGAUGGGAUCGGCUUAGCUAUUGCGCGACGGCUUGCACAAGAUGGCGCACGAGUUCUGGUCAGUAGCCGAAAGCAACAAAAUGUGGACAAGGCUGUUCAAGAACUCAAAAGGGAAGGUCUGGAUGUAGAAGGGACAGUGUGCCAUGUGGGGAAGGAUGAAGACAGAGUGAAACUAGUGAAUACCGCUGUGCAGAAGUUUGGGGGAAUUGAUAUCCUUGUUUCUAAUGCUGCUGUUAACCCCUUCUUUGGGAACAUAUUAGACUCUACAGAUGAAGUGUGGGAAAAGAUCCUGGACAUUAAUGUUAAAGCAACAUUCCUGUUGGUGAAGCUUGUGGUGCCCAAAAUGCAGGAAAGAGGAGGUGGUAGUAUUGUGAUUGUCUCAUCUGUGGGAGGGUUUAUGCCUUUUCCAGCCCUGGGUCCCUACAGUGUCAGUAAAACCGCAUUGCUUGGCCUAACCAAAGCUCUUGCUCCAGAAUUAACGCCUCUGAACAUCAGAGUGAACUGCCUUGCUCCAGGACUUAUCCGCACCAAGUUCAGUUCGGCUUUAUGGAAGGAUGAAUCAGUCUUGGAUCAACUAAAAGUUAAACUAGGCAUCAGCAGAAUUGGAGAACCAGAAGAAUGCGCCGGAGCCGUGUCUUUCCUGUGCUCUCCUGAUGCUUCGUAUGUCACCGGGGAAACUAUUGUAGUAGCAGGAGGGGGGCAAUCUCGUCUUUGAGCAUCACAUGCAAAUAGUUUUUUUCUUCUUUGUGACCGUGUUCAGCUGGAUGUUAAAUAUAUUUACAGGAUGGUUUAUUGCCAAAUAAGAAAGAAUUUGAAUUUAUGAUGGCUAGAAUGUAGUGACCUAACUGAGGUUAAACCAUGCUCGGCAGGGAUGCCAUGAAUUAAUGUCACAAGAUGGCAGGCAUGUCACGCCCACUCUCUUGUCUUCAUGUCCAUUGCCUGUUCACAGGGGAUGUGUAAAACACUUUAGGAAAUCACAUCAGCAUUAAAUUGUGUAAAUUGUUUUACAUUUUUUUUCUAAUUACGGUAGAUGAACAAUAAAAGUGAUGGCAUUAA